CGCGGAAACUGACAAGUAGUUAAGAAGCGCUUGCGUUAGCAGCAGAGCCCGUAUUCAACCGAUUGCGUGGAGACGUCCAAGCGAGCCGCUACUGCAUGCGAAUUCACAGCAGCAUAUAGGUCGCGUAUAUAUCCAGAUUCUCAUAGUUAGAGACAGUGUUUGUAGACACAGCACACGCGUGCACGGGCCAGAAUUUACGUGCCAGGAGUUUACGCCAGCGACUGCGGACAACGACGAAAUAAGUUACAUUCAACGCGAAAGAUUUUCACGUGCGUUCGAAAGAGUUUUUGAUGUCGCGGAAUCUCGUCUGAGGAAAAUCGCCAGAGAUUCGUGUGGUGUCAUAUAUGAUAUAGCUUUAGACGAAAGCUAUCCGGGAAUAUAUUUAUGUAUCGUCAAACUCUUAACUAAAUGUGAAAUUGCUGGCAUCGGAAGUAAAGGCGUCUAAUCGGAAUCUCGAAUUCUGAACAAACAACAGCAUCAACAACAGCUAUUGUGACAGGAACAACAGCAGCAACAACAACAACAGCAGCAACGACGACGACGACACUAACGACAUCUGUAAUGAUCAAAUUUAAUAAAAAGCGUGAAAAAUUCAUUUUGCAAACGUGAGCGAACUUUCGCAUAGUUUCGUUGUGCCGCAAUAUACGAGCGCCCGGGAAUCUACAUACAACACUGGCGUGGGAGAAGUUGUCUAACAGCGCGCCGUUGCCAGCUCUCUGCACAGAGGAGCGUGUGUUUAUAAUAACACCAUCAGUCACCGGCAGCGAGACAAGGAGCAAAUACGCAAAUACACCUUUACCGUGAGCGAGCGACAUCGACCGCGAGCGAAGCGCCACUGCGCCGGGGGAACAACCCCCUCUAACGAGCUCGCUGCUACUGACGGCCGGCCGGAAACCACAGCGUUGCGUUACGCCGCUGCGGCGAUUCCUGCCGAACGCCGUCGCGUCGCAGCCACAGUCCCGCGAACGCGAAAAGCGGGUCAACAUGUGAGAGCGAGCCAGCGGCAGAGAGAGACCCGCGUGUGAACAAACCCAAGCUUCGAUACGCGCGUGACCGAGUAAAUUUCGGUUCUCGCGGCUGAGCGUACGUGAUACGUGGCGGAAGCUAUCACUGCCAGGGCGGAGCGUGAAUUCUCAAGCUCGAUAAUCCCCACGUCGAUUCAAGAUUUGUUAGCGGUGAGAUCGGCGGAAGACGUCAGUGUGAUCUACGAUACUCGGACGAAUUUUUGCUGAUUUAUAUUGCACCCGCCAAGUGCAAACAUCAGAGAGAAACACCGUGUUUUGCCUUCCUCUGAGACGUGCGCCCGUAAAGCUGCCUAGACGUUCGUCCCCAGUUGUUUCCUUCUACUCGGGCUCUAACCAGUAAUUCGAAAAAAUAAAGCAUGGCUGCCAUCCGUGCACGCUGGAUAACAUCGGUGAUUCUGCUCUCUGUAUUCUGCCACACAGGACUGUCCAGUUACUGGUGGUUUCUAGGCACGUCCAGUGUCUACCAGAGUACUGUCGAUCUAAAGACGUACAAUUUCAAAGAGAAAUGCCAGCAGUUGAACUACCUGAUUCAGAAGCAGAAGGACCUAUGCGGCAUAAGCCAUAACAUUUUGGCCGCUGUGAGCAAGGGAGCCGCCAUGGGUAUAGAUGAGUGCAAGUAUCAGUUCCAGACGCGCAGGUGGAAUUGCACGACGUUUAACGAGACAAGUGUCUUCGGAGGAGUACUCAACAUCAAUAGCCGGGAAAAGUCUUAUAUCUACGCCAUAUCUUCAGGCGGCGUAGAACACGAGAUUACUAAGGCGUGUGCAAAGGGAGAUAUAAACGAAUGUGGAUGCGACGACAGCGUCCGGUCGCUGCCCACCAAGGACAAGUGGGAGUGGGGAGGUUGCUCACAGGACAUCCGAUACGGAGAGAAGUUCAGUAAAGAGUUCACUGACUCGAAGGAGAAUUCCCGUGCACGAGAUGGCAUGAUGAACCUACACAACAACGAGGCUGGACGAAGGUCCAUCCGCAGCACGAUGAAGAUCGUCUGCAAGUGCCACGGCGUUUCCGGUUCCUGUUCCAUCAAGGUAUGUUGGCGCAAGAUGUCCGACUUCCGGCGCAUCGGGAGCAUGCUGAAGCAGCGGUUCGACGGCGCGACCUUGGUCGACCUUAACAAGCGACGCACGCGUCUGCGACCGAAGACCAAGGGACAGAAGCAGCCGACUAAGAAGGAUCUCGUCUACCUCGAAGAGUCGCCUGACUUCUGCGAGUACGACCCGACGAUCGGCUCGCUGGGCACGCGCCACCGAGAGUGCAACCGCACGAGUUACGGCAUCGACGGCUGCAGGCUGAUGUGCUGCGGGCGCGGCUACCACACGAUGGUCGAGCAGGUGACCGAGGACUGCGACUGCAAGUUCUUCUGGUGCUGCGAGGUGCGCUGCCGAAAGUGCACGCAAAUGGUCGACAAGAACUACUGCAACUGAUGGUCAUCGUGGCCAGUAAGUGUACGCGCGACUCGGCUAGUGUGGUCUCACGUACUUACGGAGGUGUGCGAGGUGCGAGGCGGAUAUUUGUAACUAUAGUGCGAGUUGUGUGAGCCACGAUAUGGUUAAUUAUAACUGUAGUGCGGGUUUAUAGGAGAGGUAUGACCGUAUGAGCUAGGUGCCUAUCUACGUGGCGGUUAUUGUGGAAACGUGAACAAGCGCGAUGAGCAGCCACAGCAGAUGGCAGCAGUUGGCCAUGCGAGACGCAUCACACAGAUUUUCCAUUGUCAAGACUUCUACGCUUAGAAUAAGGUUGCGACACACGGUCAAAGUUUGCGUAAACAACUCGCGAGAGGACUGAAUGGAAACUUGCGGGAACUAGCUGUAUAAAAGCAUAAAAUGAUGCAAACUUUGUUGUAAACUGAUUUGCCAGUUUGUUCGCUUUUCUGGAAAGUGGUUAUUAACAAACUGUUCAAGUAUUAAAAUAUGUAAAGCCAGUUCAGUACCUCCAACCUGGUUUAACGUGUAAAUAUUGUGUGUUUUUUUGUGUGUAUGACUACCACCAAGGUAUAGCGCCUAUUUACGCAACACUAUAAAUUUAUAUGUAAUAUCGAUUGGGCUUCUGUGACUUAUCCAAGCUAACAGCAUCUUAAUUUAAUGGCUGCAGCAUCUUAUUUAAAAUAAUUAGGAAGCCAUACUUCGACGUCUAGUAUAUUUCUACCAUCAGUGCUAGCUUUCAGAAUAAUAUUAACUUACUGUUUGUUCGAAAAUUGGAUUCAAGCCAUUUUAAAAUUGUCAUUACCACAGAAUUCUAUAGGAAAUAUACGAAAUUUAGACAUUUCACAGUUGGUUAUGUCACACUAAUUUGUCCCUCAAGUUUUAAAGAAGCCUAAAAUUUUAGUGAUACUGCCUAGCAGUAUAUCAAAUAUUAGAGAUAAUAUUUAACAUUUUAUAAAAUUCGUAUAUGCCCUACAUUAGAAUGGAUAUUAUUAUAAAAUAAUGCAACUUAGAUAUACACGGUAGUUUCAUUAUCAUAUGCAGCAGCCGCUCAUAUGAUGACGACACAUGAUGACGGCAACGCCGACAGCGACGCCGACAGCGACGCCGACAGCGACGACGACAGCGACGACGACGACGACAACGACAGCGAUGACGACAACGACAGCGACGACAACGACGACUCUUUUAAUUGCUGACUCUUCGUUUGAUGACAACUUGACUUAUCGCGUAUGUGUUAAAAUGUAAUGCUCGAUGUCUCAAAAUUAUUUAUUGGAGAAUGUAUAUAUGUUUAAACAGUUUACACAGAUGCAGCAUAUAUAAUAAAGAUUUGUGUAUUAUGUAUGUAUGUUUUUUUUAGAUAUGCGCAAUAGUGAGCAGCAGUGUAAAACCACUCUGACACUCUGUAUAGAUAUAGUAGGUAGGCCAACGCGUACAGUUUAAUGUAUACUAACCUAGUAUCCGCUGUUAUUAUUUGAAAUUUUGUAUUUGCUGCAUGCGUAGUAAAUGAGCUCUAUUAUUCAAUGCUCAUUAUUCCAUAAAUUGUCUACCUAUAGCUCAUGACACAUGUUAGUAGCAGCGGAGACGUAGCACCCAGAAUUAUAUCAUAUAUGUAGGCGGGAAUAUAUAAUAGCAUACGUAAGCUUUGUUACCACCCGUGAGACCUAUCUGGUUUUGCCACCUUAUUUAUCAAGUGCUUAUUUAUCUCUUUAUAUCCAGUUUUAUCUGUGUGCAACAACACACAUUUGUAUAUGCUACUGAAAUAGACGUUUAUCGCAAAUCAUUCCGUUCUGCAAAAGCAUCAACAACGCGGGCUUCGACAGUCAGAUAUUCCGCAACGUCGAUUGCUAACGUUCGUUCACCAAGAAUUUCAACAUUCGCGAGUGUGACGUCAUUAGCUUUUGGAUGAGCAACGUAUAUUUAUUUAAUAUUGCUGCAAUUAGUCUGGAAUUACCAGUCUAUUAUCUAUAGCGGCUCAAUAUAUAGCACAUCGUAUUGAACAAUAACACCACGCGAAUACAUUCAGUAACUUUCCGUUGUGAAAACAUUAUUUUGUAACAGGUUAUAUAUAGUUUGUUGCAAAAUAUAUGUGCAGUUUCAUUAGCGUGCAUGUUAGCAAUUUUGUAGACGUUUUUGCUUUAAUAAAGAUAGUUAUAGAACAAAA